AUGUUUCAAACCUCAAGAGCUCUUCUCGCCGGGAUUUUGGCCAUCGGGGCGGUUUCUGUUGUUCAGGCACAGAAACCUGUGUACGCGCACUUUAUGGUUGGCAUUGUUGAGAACUAUACUCUGGAAGACUGGAAAGUAGACAUCAACCAGGCUAAAGAAAUCGGCAUCGAUGGUUUCGCACUGAAUUGUGCGCCCCCACGUGUCGAUGCCUACACUCCUAAGCAGCUGGCCCUCGCGUACGCGGCGGCAGAAGAGCUCGAGUUCAAAAUGUUCAUCUCUUUUGAUUUUGCGUAUUGGUCUACCGGCGAUACGCAGUUGAUCACGGAGAUGGUGGGGAACUACAGCUCACACGCAGCGCAGGCAUACUACAACGAUGGCGCUAUCGUGAGUACAUUCGUGGGCGACAACAUGGACUGGAAUGCCGUCAAGAACGCGCUACCAAAUAGUAAGAUCACUGCUCUUCCAAUGAUCCAGGACCCUGCGUGGAUCCCACACGCGAACACAGGAUUGGAUGGAGCAUUUUCGUGGUAUGCGUGGGCAACCGACGGAGGAAACAGCGUGAUUCCAGGGCCAAUGACGACAAUUUGGGAUGAUAGAUUUCUUCAAGGCCUCGGGGAGAAGCCAUACAUGGCCCCUGUCUCACCGUGGUUUUUCACGCACUUCAAUACCAAAAACUGGGUAUUUAUUUGCGAGGAGCAGCCCACUCAUCGAUGGGAACAGAUGCUGGAGAUGAAGCCUGAGCUAGUUGAAAUCAUUAGCUGGAACGACUUCGGAGAGAGCCACUACAUCUCUGGGAGCCAGCCAAAUCAUAGUGAUGAUGGGUCUUCUGCUUGGGCUUCAGGAUUCCCCCAUGACGCAUGGAGAUCUUUGAUGAAGCCAUAUAUUGCCGCCUACAAGGCUGGCGCAGCUACGCCCACCGUCGAGUCCGACCAGCUUAUUUACUGGUUCCGCCCACACCCGAAGGAUGCCGCGUGUAGCGCCGACACAUUGGGCGCACCGCGUGGGAAAGAGCUUCUCGCCGACGUGGUGUUUGUGACAACAAUGCUGACCGAAGCAGGCGAACUUAAAGUCACGAGCGGAAGCAACUCCCCAGUUACGGUUAAUGCCGAGGCUGGUAUUCAUACGUUUAACUUCACAAUGGGAGUUGGUGCUCAAGAUUUUAGGGUGAAGCGUGGGGGGGCUGAUCUACUUGGAGGUACAAGUGAGAAGAAGAUCGACGAUGCGUGUGAACAGUUCAACUAUAAUCCAUAUGUUGGCUCGUUUUAA